GGGGUAAGAACAGCACCCCGAGUUUACUUUCUUCCUCUCUCCUUUUUAUUCUCAAGUUCCUUUUUAUUUCUCCCUUGCGUAAUUGUGCUCUUCCUUCUGUGCCUGCCCUGUAUUCCCACCCUCCCUGCUACCUCCCGGCCACCUCAUUUCUGAGACCACGGCUGUGGGCAGCAUCCCCAGCUCAUGCCAGCCUCAUCUCCAGGCAACAUGGGGGGCUCAGUCCGAGAGCCGGCCCUCUCGGUUGCUCUCUGGUUGAGUUGGGGGGCGGUCCUGGGGGCUGUGACUUGUGCCGCGGCGCUACUGAUCCAACAGACGGAGCUGCAAAGUCUGAGGAGGGAGGUGACCCGGAUGCAGCAGCAGCAGCAGCAGCAGCAGCAGCGGAGUGGAGCGCCUUCCCAGAAGCGGGGAGAAUGUCCAUGGCAGAGCCUCUGGGAACAGAGUCCUGAUGUCCUGCAAGCCUGGAAGGAUGAGGCGAAAUCUAGGAGGAGAAGAGCAGUGUUCACCCAGAGGCACAAGAAGAAGCACUCAGUCCUGCAUCUUGUCCCCAUUAACAUUACCUCCAAGGUGGACUCUGAUGUGACCGAGGUGAUAUGGCAACCAGCUCUUAGGCGUGGGAGAGGCCUGGAGGCCCAAGGAUAUGUUGUCCGAGUCUGGGACACUGGAAUUUAUCUGCUCUACAGCCAGGUCCUGUUUCAUGAUGUGACGUUCACCAUGGGUCAGGUGGUAUCUCGGGAAAGCCAAGGGAGACGGGAGACUCUAUUCCGAUGUGUCCGAAGUAUGCCCUCAGACCCUGACCGGGCCUACAACAGCUGCUACAGUGCAGGUGUCUUUCGUUUACAUCAAGGGGAUAUUCUCACUGUCAAAAUCCCACGGGCAAACGCAAAACUUAGCCUUUCUCCGCACGGAACCUUCCUGGGGGGGUUUCCGUGGCCUGUGCCAAGCCUUGUCCACUCGACGGAGUCCACUGGAAUGCAUCCAGAACAGCACCACCAUCUAGCGGCAGCCUGAGGAACGAAUACAGCCUCGGCUAGGGAAACCCGGGUCUCUUGGCCACGCCUCUUCAAGUGCCCUCAGCUUCGAUUUACAAGAACCCCGUUUUCACUUC